UCAACAUGCGCUCCUCUCUGAUUUACUGCGUCCCAGCUCCAACGCGCACCUGGCACGUUGCACGGCUCAGUUUUUAAGGCGAUCAAUUGUCUCUUUCUCUGUGUUUUGCACUCCACAUCAGGCUGGCAACCGAGCGUGUCAAUGGGAACAAUAUGAAUGGCUGUUAACUGCGCCUGUCCUCGCGCGCGGAGCAAUGGACUGCAGUUUUACCUGAAGAGACACAUGGAGAACCCAGCAAAAGUAUCUCUCAGCGGUGCAGGUGAUGGAAUCAGCGCAGGCACCCUCGGAGAGAGACUAUGUGGGAACACCACCGAAACGGAGGCAACAAAGGACGGCAGGACGGAUAUGGUGGCGCGCACCGUGACGGGCUGUCUGCUGUCCCUGCUCAUCCUGUUGACCCUCCUGGGGAACAUCAUGGUGUGCUCCGCGGUGCUGCACUUUCGGCCCCUGCGGACCAAAGUCACCAACAUUUUCAUCGUCUCCCUGGCUCUAUCGGAUUUAUUCGUGGCCAUCCUGGUGAUGCCCUGGAAAGCUGUGGCAAGAGGUGGCGGGGGUACUGGCCGUUUUGGCACUUUCUGUAACGUCUGGGUAGCGUUUGACAUUAUGUGCUCCACCGCCUCCAUCCUCAACCUCUGCAUCAUCAGCAUGGAUAGAUACUGGGCCAUCUCGAGCCCCUUCCACUACGAGAGGACAGAUGACCCAGAGAGUUGCCUUUGUUAUGAUAGCAUAACUUGGACGUUGUCCGUGCUCAUCUCAUUCAUACCGGUCCAGCUGAACUGGCAUAAAGCCAAAAUGACGAAAACAGCGGGGACGCACAACUCCUCCACGAGCCGGCUGUUGGAGGAGAACUGCGACUAGCUGAGCAGAGAGUAUGCCAUCUCCUCCUCUUUGAUAAGUUUUAUAUUCCCGGUCGCGAUUAUGAUUGUGACUUACACCCCCGAAAUAUACCGGAUCGCACAAAUACAAAUUAGAAGAAUAGCCUCCCUAGAGAGAGCAGCAGAGCACGCGCAAAGUGCAAGGACAAACAGAAUAGAGUGCCAACGCCAUAACACCUUGAAAACGUCAAUUAAACGCGAGACCAAAGUUUUCAAAACUCUGUCGGUGAUUAUGGGUGUGUUUGUGUUUUGCUGGUUACCUUUCUUCAUCCUAACGUAUGUCCCGUUCUGCGACAGGCCGGCCACAGAUCAGGACGCGGGCCUGCCGUGCGUAAGCGAAACCACUUUCGACGUGUUCGUGUGGUUCGGCUGGACCAACUCCUCCCUGAACCCCAUCAUCUACGCCUUCAACGCAGAGUUCAGGAAGGCUUUUCGCGAGCCUCCUGGGCUGUCGCAACUUCUGCUCUAGUACGCCAGUGGAAACUGUGAACAUCAGUAACGAGCUGGUCUCCUAUAAUCAAGACACCCUCACCCACCAAGGAGAUCGUGAACGCAUACGUGAACAUGAUGCCAACGUGGUUGAAUGUAUCGAGCACGAAGAGACUUUU